AUGAAUAACACAGUUGGACCUGAUGAAUCUGUCGUAGUUAAUUCUAAUACAACAGGUUUACAAAGAUUAUAUGAACAUUUUCGAAAGCGAAAAUUAGUUUGGAUAGUAUUUCUCGUUAUUUUAAUUGUUGUAAUCAUAGCUGUUGUAACAACGACUGUUUUGUUGAACAGAACGAAAAGAGAGAAAACAUCAACAACGGAAAUAACAACAAUAACAACAACAUCAGCAGCAACAACAACAACAACAUCAGCAGCAACAACAGCAACAGCUACAACAACAACAGUAACAACAACAAUAACAAUAACAACAACAACAGCAACAACAACAUCAUCAACAACAACAACAUCAACAACAACAACAACAAGCGAACAAUUAGUUCCUUCUGUUAUGAUUGAUAACAAUACGAAAUGGAAAAAGGAUGCAGUUACUGUUGCUGGAGGACAUGGACCGUUAGGUGGAUUAAAUCAAUUAAAUUAUCCUGAUGGUAUUUAUGUUGAUAAUGAUGAUCAAAGUAUUUAUAUUGCUGAUACUAUCAACCAUCGUAUUGUCAGAUGGGAAUCUGGUGCAAACAAUGGUAUAUUAGUUGCAGGUGGAAAUGGACCAGGAAGUAGAAUAGAUCAAUUGAAUAAACCAACAGAUGUAAUUCUUGAUAAAGAGAAGAAAUAUCUCAUCAUUUGUAAUUUUGCUACAAAACAAGUAAUGAAAUGGUCUCUUUAUAGUAGUAGUCAUGAACAUGCAGUGAUGAUACGUGAUAUUACUUGCUGGGGUUUAGCAAUGGAUAAUAAUGGAGAUCUUUAUGUUUCUGAAUGGGAAAAACAUCAAGUGAGACGUUUUUACGAUGGCGAUAGGCAAGGUACAGUUGUAGCGGCUGGGAAUGGACAAGGAAGUCAAUUAAAUCAGCUCAAUACACCUCACUAUAUCUUCGUCGAUAAAUAUCAUUCAGUUUAUAUAGCAGAUUAUAGAAAUAAUCGUGUGAUGAAAUGGAAGAAAGAUGCAACCGAAGGUAGUCUUAUUGCACCAGGGCAAGUUUCUGACAAAAAUCCCAAUUCACUAGUUCAACCCAAAAGUGUGAUUGUUGAUCAUAUGGGUAAUAUAUAUGUAUCGAAUGAGAAUAGUCAUCAAAUAACACGUUGGUCUCUAGGUGCAACAGAGGGGACGCCUGUCAUUGGUGAAAAACAAUCGGGAAACGAGCGCACGCAACUCAAGAUGCCGAACGACUUAUCGUUUGAUCAACAGGGUAAUCUUUAUGUUGUCGAUAGAAACAAUCAUCGAAUACAAAAAUUUGCUAUUGAUCUUGACUGA